AAAAAAAUAUCUUAAUCGUUCAGUGUCCAUUCAAAUUGAAACGAAUGAAUCAUAAAUGAGAAAUAGUCGGAGUCUUAUUUUGGGAUGAGAGGGAAGGGUUGGUCGGGGCGGCCCCAUGUAUUUAUUAUAGGGCAAAAUAUCAAAUGAGAACCCUAGUAGUAGUAGUAGUAGCGGCGGGAAUUUGAGUCAAAAGAGAAACAUCGCUUCCAUUCCCAGUCUCAAUGACUGCGGAAUCGGAAUCGCAGAAGAAGAGUUACUGUCUAGUCGGGGGAGAUGUAUAUGGUUAUGGUGGUGUCAUCCUUGUACCAAAGGACUUGCACCUUUUUCCUAACAAGGACCCUCAAAUUAACCUUCAACUCAACUUACCUGACGUCGGCCGAGCCUUCAACGAUUUUAUGAGGACGAGAGAAGUUGCUGAAUUUCUCAGUGGGGCUUUGGCUGGGGCCAUGACCAAGGCCGUUCUAGCUCCUCUUGAAACUAUCAGGACAAGAAUGGUAGUCGGUGUUGGGUCCAGAAACAUUGGUGCAAGUUUUGUUCAGGUUAUUGAACAACAAGGUUGGCAAGGGCUGUGGGCAGGUAACACAAUUAACAUGCUACGGAUAAUUCCUACACAGGCAAUUGAACUCGGUACAUUUGAAUGUGUCAAGCGAGCAAUGACUUCGGCACAAGAGAAAUGGAUGGACACUGCUAGCCCUAAACUACAUAUUGGUAAUGCUAGCCUGAGCUUUUCUCUCUCAUGGCUAUCGCCAGUUGCUGUUGCUGGUGCUGCUGCAGGAGUUGUAAGCACACUUGCAUGUCAUCCGCUUGAAGUGCUCAAGGAUCGGUUGACUGUAAAUCCUGAGGUCUACCCCAGUCUACGCAUUGCAGUUCACAAGAUUUACAAGGAGGGCGGAAUCUUAGGCUUGUAUGCUGGACUUGGGCCAACAUUAAUUGGCAUGCUCCCAUAUAGCACCUGUUACUAUUUCAUGUACGAGACAAUUAAGAAAUCAUAUUGCCAAGCACAGAAGAAAGAAUCUCUAAGUCGUGCGGAGAUGCUUCUAGUUGGAGCGUUCUCAGGUUUAACAGCUAGCACUAUUAGUUAUCCAUUGGAGGUGGCAAGAAAGCGGCUUAUGGUGGGUGCUUUACAAGGUAAAUGUCCACCUCACAUGGUCGCAGCACUUUCGGAAGUUGUUAGGGAGGAGGGUUUGUUAGGCCUUUAUAGAGGCUGGGGUGCGAGUUGCCUAAAGGUAAUGCCAUCGUCAGGCAUUACUUGGAUGUUCUAUGAAGCUUGGAAAGAUAUAUUGCUUGCUGAUAGACGUCAUUCGUGAUAACAGAUACAUAGUAGCACAGAAAAUGAAAUCCUCAUUUCAGCCUUAGAUGCGUGCAAUGAUUUCACUACCAUUCCGCGCUCCGGCUGGAAGCUGGUGAUGGUAAGGGUAACCCGUGGUGUGUGUCAUCCUGAGAUUUGUUAUAGAUGGACAUCCACAAAUUUUGCUUCCCGUUUUCCCCACCCUAAAUAUGCACAAAGAAAUUUCUCUCACAUUUCUGUAGACGACAGAACCUACAUUUAUGAUUACUGCAAGAUUACAAGCUUUUGCCUUGGGAA